UGUCUAAUUAUUGCAAAGCUCUAUACAGAGGCAGCAUAGCUUGAGAAAUGUCAUUGGUGCAGUUCUGCUAAAUUAAGAUGCAGCAAACCCUCAGAAUAGAAACGGAGCAGCUGAAACGUUGACAGGUGCAGACUGAGAGCACACAGACCAGACUGAUGGAAACCUCUUCAAAAAGUCAGAUCGUUCUUUGGUUCAGGAACUUAUUGAGAAAUGAUGUGGACUGUUGUGAUGCUGCUGGCGGCUGCCCUCAGUGUGGAGUCCUAUGGUGUCCAUGACCAUGAGAGUUUAGCCCACGGUCGCCAGCUGAAGAUCUACCUGUCAAAGAGUUGUGAGAAGCUGGAGUUCACCCCAGCAGAUGGUCCCAGCAGGACUUUGGUCUACUGGGAGAAAAGCAGAUCCAGGACGACCAAAGGCAAGGUGUCUGGCACAGGGACUGAUCGACGCUGGUACCUUGACAAGGUGACUUAUGACGACCAGGGGACAUUCGUCCAGAGAGAUUUUUGGCAUAAAGAGAUCUCCAUUUUCAGAGUGGCCGUCACAAAAAGACAAAACUAUUUGAAGUGUGUAGCGGGAGAGAGUCUCUACAUCUCACUGGAGGGCAUCGACUUGGCCGAUGCUGAUCUCGCCUUCUCUGGAGAGGAUGCUAACAUUACACUGGUGCGUGAUGGUGCUCCGGUGUCCCGUGACCUUCCAGAUUACUGGGACCGGGUUCAGACCCACUCCAUGAACAUCGAGAUCAAACAUGUGAACUACAGUGAUCAGGGACAUUACUCUCUGAGAGACCGCAAAAGCCGACUGGUGUCUGUUACCAGGAUGGACUUGACAGACCGCCAUGAGCACACAGAAGGAAACCCCCUUAUGGCUCUGCUGUUACUGCUCGGUAUCCCGGCUGGGAUUUGCUGCUGCUGUCGUAAGAAGAUUUUCAAGAAGAAAGGCUCGAAUGCUGGGACUCUUCAGAUGACCCCAGAUACAUUCCAUCCUCCUCCUGGUCCUGUUGGACCUUCUCCUCCGUACAGUGCUCCUGGACAACCAGGGCCGGCGUACUACCAUGGCCCUAACCCCAGCAUGGGUCCUACAGUCUAUCCUCCGCCUCCAGUUGCUGGCCCAGGACAGUGGAACGGCCCCCCACCCUCACCUGGUUUUAACCCAGCUUACCCACCCCAGAACCCUGGCUAUCCUGCUGGUCCAGUUAUGGGCGUCCCUGCCCAGCCUCCAUAUUGGAAUGGUCCACCACCAGGCCAGUAUCCCCCCGGACCUGGAGCUCCAAUGGGCUAUGCUCCAGCUCCAGUCAUGUAUAGCGCUGCUCCACCAGCAUCAGCCAGUGAACCUUUUAAAGAAGAGGUCAAGAUGGAGAAUAUGGCUUCCUCACCUGCGGAACCGCUGCUGACUUUACCACCGGCUGAAGCAUCCUGUCCUGUGGCUCCUGUGCACCCCUCCUCCACCAACACCCUCAGCUCCUCCGAUGCCCAGAAGUUCCAGAUCAGUGGAACCGAUAGCUCCACCAACUUCCUGUAGGAAAGCUGAAUCCUGAAGCAGCUUCCUUCCUUUGAUGUUACAGUGCCCCCUCACCAUUUUGCAUCCCUCUGUCAAAGCAUUCAAAUCAGGGAUGCAAAAUGGUGCCGCUGGAAACAAAAGGAAAGCAUCGAUUCUGUUCUUUGCCUCCUUGCCUUGAUCAGAAUGAAUUCCCCCAACUGAGUGAAAAUGAAGAGUUAUUAGGCUGCAGUAUUAAAUCUGCUGCAAGAGUCUCAGCCAGCAGUGUUACAGCUUUUAACAUGUAGGAGUUAGUUAUUCGGAGAUCAGAGUUCCAGACAGAAAGUGUUUUCCUGAAGUGUUAGCAUGUGUAAUAACCUGGUUGUUCACUUCACCAAAAGUUUAAGAGAUGUCACUAACAUUACUAACAUGUUUUCUAUCUACAUUUUCAAGAUUCAAGAUUCAAGAUUCAAGAGUUUAUUGUCAUAUGCACAAUGAUAAUAUUAAGCAGUUGCUUGCAAUGAAAUGCUUGGGUCACAUGCUCUCUUAUAACAAUGCUCAAUCAAAA